CUGGUGACGGUGUACAACGUGUCUGUGGGAGGCCCUCGUCCCGAGUCCUACAGAGAAGACAAGGAAUGGGCCACGGUGUUCGGGACGGACGGCGAAAGGCAAGAGUUCUACGCCGAAAUCAAGUCUGCUUGCGAGUCUGGCUGGGACUUCAGCACCCGCUGGUUCGACCAUUUCGGCCACGUUGGAGCAAACUUGACUGACACGAAGAUCAGGAAUGUAGCACCCGUAGACUUGAACAGUCUGAUGUCUUACAAUGCUGCGUUGCUGGCCAAGCUGAAUGAGAAGCUGGGAAGGACAGCCAAGGCCGAAAGAUACGCUGANGUAUAUAACGAAUUCUCAUUGGUCCCAGCAGAGAGAAGAAAGGCGUUUUAUAUUUCAAACGUGCAUCCCCUUUGGACCGGGGUCUAUGGGGUUGAAGGGGGUCAGGACCAAUCGCAGGUGGCGAAACGGGUCAUGGACUAUCUCUGGACUCAGGGGGCAUUGGACUACAAAGGCGGAGUUCCAACUUCGCUGGUGAACAGUGAUGAGCAGUGGGACUUUCCGAAUGCCUGGUCUCCUGUUCAGCACACAUUGGUGGAAGGACUUCGGCUGGCCCCGAACCAGGAAGCGAACGACCUGGCCCGCAAACUGGCCCAGAAAUACGUGUACAAUAACUGGAAGACCUACAAGACUUCCAAUCGCUCCAUGUUUGAGAAA